AUGGCGGCGGCCUCGCAGCGGGACCCCGGGGACUGGCAGGAUUUCUCCGGCUUCCAGCCCCCCGCAGGGAGCAGCCCCGAGCCGGCCCGGGACGGGGGCACUUGGGGGCCCGGAGCCCUGGGGGAAAAGCUGCUCCUCUGCUUCAAGCCCCCCCCGCCUCGGGACGGCGGCAGCGAGAGCCGGGUCCCGCUGCGGCCCCUCAGCGAGCAGAGCGCCCUACAGGAAGACGAGAUUUGGAAUGCUUUGACUGAUAAUUAUGGUAAUGUAAUGCCAGUUGAUUGGAAGUCCUCCCACACCAGAGCUUUGCAUAUGCCAACACUGAAUCUCUCAGAAAAAGGGUUAAAUGAACAUUUGAAUCUUGACCUAUCAGAUGAUGAAGAGCUUCGAGAACAGCUGGAUAUGCACUCUAUCAUAGUUUCCUGCAUCAGUGAUGAACCGCUGUUCACAGCAGAGCAGGUGAUUGAAGAAAUAGAGGAAAUGAUGCAGGAAUCACCUGACCCAGAAGAUGAAGAAACACCCACGCAGUCAGACCGGCUCUCCAUGCUUUCCCAGGAAAUUCAAACACUCAAGAGGUCCAGUACAAACAACAGUUAUGAAGAGAGAGUACAAAAACUGUCUGUUGCUGAACUAAAUGAACUACUAGAAGAAAUUGAGACUGCCAUUAAGGAUUAUUCUGAGGAGCUGGUACAGCAGUUGGCUCUAAGGGAUGAGCUGGAGUUUGAAAAGGAAGUGAAAAAUAGCUUCAUUUCUGUCCUCAUCGAAGUACAAAACAAACAGAGAGAACACAAAGAAACAGUGAAGAAGAAGAAAAAGCUGAAAAAUGGUAGUCCUCAGAAUGGCAAACAAGAAAGAGGUCAUAUGCCUGGAACACGCUUCAGCAUGGAAGGGAUCUCAAAUGUCAUUCAGAAUGGCUUCCGCCACACGUUUGGAAACUCGGGUGGAGAGAAACAGUACUUAACAACAGUCAUUCCUUAUGAGAAGAAAAGUGGACCCCCCUGUGUUGAAGAUCUACAAACAUUAACCAAAAAUUCUGCUAUGUCAGGUUUUGCCAUAUGGGAGGCUAUGAAAGAUGGGAGUUCGUCUUUAUAUAUGCAAAGAAAAGUCCUUUAUGCUAUGAAAGAGGACAGCGAGAAAGUGCCAAGCUUAUUAACAGACUACAUUUUAAAGGUUCUGUGUCCGACAUGAAAAGUGCUGCUGUACUUCAGAAGUAACCAUGCUCCUUCCUGUGACAAGAAGCUUUCCAGAGAUAGUUCAUAGUAUUUUCUUUUCAUUUGGCACUGUAUCUAAACCUGUAUGUAUUUACUUUCCAUGUCUGUUUGGAUUUUUGGAUCAUACAGUAGGCCUUUUGGGCAUGAUGAUAGAAUUUAUGCACUUUUCAUUUGAUGGUGCAAUGUGCUUGAGCAUAGAACAAACAUUGUACAGUUUUACUCACAAGCUUUGGUUUGGCUUUUUAAAAUCUAUUUUACAUUGUGUAACGUAGUAAUCCCUCCCACAUAUUUCAUUGUUGGGGAAAGAAAACUAAACUUUAAAUACU